UAGGAAGAGAGAGACGGCUCACAAAGGAUGACGCCAUUCCCUUCCCCUUCCUGUGUCUGAACUCUGACUCUGAACAAAGAACAACCUUGGCAGCUCGUGCGGCGGCGGCGGAUAAACUCCGAUACUCAUUCCGUGCGGCGCGUGCUAUUGCAGAUGGAGGACACAGCCGACGCCGGCGAGCAUGUCGUCGGCAGCGGCGUCCCGGAAGACCAGCAGCCUCCCAAGACGCUGGUGGACUGGGCGCUGCAGAUCCUCUCCACGGCCGACCCGGACGAGAAGGCCUGCUUGGGGGACCUCGCCGCGUCGCUGUGGCUGCGCGGCGACAUCCCGCUCCCCUACGACCCGUCCCGCCCCGCGCGCCAGCCGCCCGACCGCCCCGCCCGGAGCGCCGAGGUGCGGCUGCUCCCGCCGUCGCGGAUGCCGAAGCUGGGGAAGGGCGGCAGCGCGCAGAGCCGGCUGGCGAUGCUGCACUCGCUUGCGCAUACCGAGAGCUGGGCCGUCGACCUCUCCUGGGACAUCGUCGCCCGCUUCGGCGCGCAGAUGCGGAUGCCGCGGGAGUUCUUCGACGACUUCGCGCGCGUCGCGCAGGACGAGGGCCGGCACUACACGGUGCUCUCCGCGCGGCUGAGGGAGCUGGGCUCGCGCUACGGCGCACUCCCGGCGCACGACGGGCUCUGGGACUCGGCGACGCGCACGGCACACUGCCUACUCGCGCGGCUCGCCGUCGAGCAUUGCGUCCACGAGGCUAGGGGAUUAGAUGUUCUACCAACAACCAUAUCUAGAUUCCGAGCUGGUGGGGAUGAACAGACAGCAAAACUGCUUGAAGAUAUUAUUUAUCCUGAAGAAGUAACACAUUGUGCUGCUGGUGUUAGAUGGUUCAGAUACCUGUGCCUUAGGCCCAGCAGUGAUGAUGGUCCGAUAUCAUAUUCAGUUCCUCAAUCUGAACCACAAUCCCCUGGGCUGCCAGGAGUUGGUACUGCUGAUGAUAAGGCAGUUCGGGAUGUGAGAGAUGAACCAACAUCGGUCCAGCAGAUAGAAAAUGAACCGACGUCUAAGCUUUCACAAGACGUCAACAGUCGUGAUAAUAUGACCCAGCAGGUCGAAGAUGGCUUGGCAAAGUGCAAACUAGGCGACGACGUAGACAAAGAUGAAGCAGCAGUCAUUCAAACUUUCCAUAGGAUUGUUAGAGAAUAUUUCAGGGGACCUCUGAAGCCCCCUUUCAAUACGGAAGCAAGGAAAGCCGCUGGCUUUGAGCCUGCCUGGUAUGAACCCCUGGCAGUGAAGGAGGUAUAUGUUGAGGGGGAGACAGACAAUUGAGUGACGCUUUGUGCUGUUUUUCUAGUAUUUGUGCUAUGCUGUAGCAGGCUAGAAGGCGCAUUGAUACGGUGGAUGUUCCAGUUUCAGUGAGACGUUGGUGACCUUUGUGAUCAUUUUGUUUACCAAGGACAUACUUACUGAUCUGGAAUAUUACAAACCAAGCUGAAGAAUAUUUUGCAGCAACUUGUUGUUCCAUUAAGUGAACUCUGUUGUACUCAUGAUCGGCCGUACCGCAUCUGUGCAUCACACCAACUUGGAACUUGGAAGUGUAUUGGGGGGAGUUGUGCGUUGCAAGUUGAACAUCCGUUUCUGUCAAUUUCAUUGAAACGAUGGAACUGAAUUUGCUAUAA